AGGUGUGGUUUGGGAGAUGAAGCCAAAGAAUCGCUGGAAGCCGUUCAGUCAAAAAACCAUCAACCUGCUGGAGAAAACGUACCAGAGUCAGCUGAGUGGGAAGAGCGAGGGCGGCUGGGUCAAACUGGAGGGAAACCUAGAGGUGAACCUCAGUGGAGCCACCAUGAUGAUGCGUUACCCGUUUUCCUGCCCAGUGAGGAGGAACUUCCUGUCUGGAAUCCAGGUGGAGUUCAAACAGUCGCUGCACCAACGAAGUCUGAGGGCCCAGCUGCACUGGCUACAGGUACACACACCUGAACACACACCCGAACACACGCCUGAUCACAACUCAACACAUACGUGGACAUACACCUGAACACACCUGAAAACUCGCCUCAACACACCUGAACACACAAUUUAACACUUACCUCAACAUAUUUGAACACACAUUUGAACA